AUGUCACCUCACAACGAUGCUCCCUCGCCAGCUGGCAGUUACACAGCUGGCUUUACUCGCUUCGGUCCACGGAUCCCGGCUGCGGUAGCAUCAUCUGGCCUGCGGCUAAGUGGCUUCGUGGACUCAACUGCUACCAACUCGUCGCCACUCAGCAGCUCCUUUGACAGCCGAUCGUCUCUCGAUGACGGCGACGUUGUUGUUGACAACUUUCACAACAGCAAGCGCCGCUUGUUGCCGGGCGUCUACGUCCCCACUAUGUGCUUCUUCGACCCAGUCACCGAGAAUGUUGACACGGACACCAUCGCACAGCACGCUGUGCGUCUUGCACGGACUGGUGUCAUGGGCCUGGCCACCCAGGGUUCCAAUGGCGAGGCCGUGCACUUAACCCACGCGGAGCGCCGCCUCGUCACGAAGACUACCCGUGUGGCGCUUGACUCGGCUGGAUUUGCACACAUGCCCAUCAUUGUGGGUUGCGGUACGCAGAGCACGCGAGAGACCAUUGAGCUGUGCCGGGAUGCCUGGGCCUCAGGCGGCGACUUCGCCCUGGUGCUGCCACCAUCCUACUACGCCCCGCUCUUUGCACCAUCGUCACAGACCAUUCUGGACUACUUCUGCGCCGUUGCGGACGCGUCGCCGAUCCCCUUGCUGAUUUACAACUUCCCCGGUGCCGUCAAUGGCAUGGAUCUGUCUUCCGACAUUAUUGUGAAACUCGCCGCGCACCCCAACAUCGUGGGCGUCAAGCUGACGUGCGGCAACACGGGCAAGCUGAACCGAGUGGCCGCGGCGACGCGGAAGAUGUUCCCUAAGAAGGAGGGUUCCGGGAGCGAUGACGCUCCCGAGUUCCUUGUUCUUGGCGGCUCGGCCGACUUCACCGUCCAGACACUGGUUGCUGGUGGCCACGGCAUCCUGGCCGGCCUGGCAAACAUUGCGCCCAAGGCCUGCGUCAAGACCAUCGAACUGUUCAACAAGGGCCGUCUGGCCGAGGCUCAGGCCAUGCAAGAGACUCUGUCGCAGGGCGACUGGACGGCAAUCCAGGGCGGUGUUGUCGGUGUCAAGGCCGGUCUCGAGGCAUGGAGCGGGUACGGCGGCUAUGCGCGUAGCCCACUGCCGAAGCCCACAGCAGACCAGUCCAAGCAGUGGAAAGAGGGCUUCCGGGACCUGGUGCUGCUAGAGAAGUCUCUGUAG